AUGGUGGACCUCAGCCUUAUUCCCCCAGAGUUCCUGAACACCAUUCCGGCGGCUCAACCGCCACCUGGCGUAAUCUCAAACUUCCUCAACCCAGCCGAGAAUAGGAUUGGAUGUAGGCUGGCGGUAUAUAUCACAUUGCCUAUGGCAAUCAUAUCCUUGAUCAUGCGUAUUUAUACACGACUGAGAAUUUCUGGAGGCAUCGGAGCUGAUGAUUUAUUUGCAGUUGCUUCUGGUGUCAGUAAUUGCCUUCGUAACUUGUGGCGUGAACGGAGAAUUAACCAUCAUCUAGGUCUCGUGAUGGACGAUUUGCUUGGACUUCAUAUGUAUGAUAUCAACAUAGGACGUCUGAACGAACCAUUUCUCAAGGCAAUCAUUCCUACCAUGGGUUUAUAUUCCCUCGGCGCAAUUCUGGUAAAAUUGUGCCUUUUACUACUUUAUAUCCGAAUGUUCAGACCACGCAACGUUGCACGAGUAUUGAUAUGGGCUGCUUUUGCAUUCAUUCCGUUAUUCUACAUUGCAACUGUCAUAGCCUUCACCAUAUUCUACAUGCCGAAAAAAGGAGAGGAUUGGAUCUCCCCACGCUCGCCUUCGACAACUCACAAGAUGAAUAAUGUUACUUCUGUACAGGGUAUUGUGGGGAUUGUGACAGACUUUUACAUUCUUCUUAUUCCGUUAUGGUUUGUCAGUGGACUUCGUCUUCCUCUUGGCCGGAAAAUUGGUGUAUCCGCUAUUUUCUUGUCUGGUCUGAUAGCAUGUGUUUGCGCCGUCGUCGGAUGUGUAUAUCGAUUCAAAGCACGGAAAUCUCUCGAUUCAUUCUGGGAUACGAUGAUCCCAUACACUCUAACGGUCGUGGAGCUAAACGUUGGCAUCGUGUGCAGUUGCAUGCCAAUCAUCUUCGUGGUAUUCAAAAAAGCAGUUGUCGGAAACACUUUCGUAGCUCGUCUAUUGUACUACCGAAGCCGUCGUUCGGGACCCACCACGAAAGAAGAAGUUCCGCCAUCUUCGGACCCAUCUGAAAGGGUGAAUCCUGGUCUUCCACCAAAUGUACUUCCUGAAGUUCCUAGACCGGUGAUGACGGGCAUGCGAUCAUUCAUUUGGAAAGGUGCAAGAUCGAAGCCUGUUGAUACAGGGGUCGUCAGUUAUCACGAACUGCAGUCUAUCAAUGAUGACUAUCAUCAACAAUUGAGAAAAUAG